UUGAACAAUUCUACCCAGUGCAGUUUGCUGAUUCACGAUCUUGGAACGGAAAUAACCCUCGAAUUUUGAUUUGGUCCUCCCAUUAUCGGAAGUUUCGUCGAGAUGACAUCGUAUCCAAAGUUCCGUAAGGACGGAGGGGCGGUCGAUGACUAUCAUGGUCAGAAGGUGGCUGACCCAUACGUGUGGAUGGAAGACCCAGAUAGCGAGGAGACAAAGGCCUUUGUUGAAGCACAGAACAACAUCACGAUGCCUUUCCUAGAGAAGAUGGAUGUUAGACAACCAUUUCAUGAUAGAUUGAAAGGGUUAUGGGACUUUCCCAAGUAUGGAUGUCCAUUCAAGCGCGGAUCACGUUACUUCUACUUUUACAACACCGGUCUUCAAAAUCAAAGUGUGAUGUAUGUACAGGACUCCUUAGAAGCUGAAGCCCAGGUAUUCCUUGACCCAAACAAGCUCUCGGAGGAUGGUACUGUUGCCUUGAGAGGGCGGGCUUUCUCAGAAGAUGGAGAAUACUUUGCUUAUGGACUAAGUAAGAGUGGCUCUGAUUGGGUUACUAUCAAGGCAAUGAAAGUGGAUGGAGCUCAGCAACUUCCUGAUACCCUGGAGAGAGUUAAGUUUAGUAACAUUGCAUGGACACACGAUAACAAAGGCUUCUUCUACAGCAGGUUUCCAGAUUCUGACAACAAGGCUGAUGGUACGGAAACGUCAACUAACAUUAAUCAGAAGUUGUACUAUCAUGUUCUUGGUAACGACCAAUCUCAGGAUGUCAUGUGUGCGGAGUUUCCUGAUAAUCCAAAAUGGAUUGUAGGAGCUGAAGUGAGUGAUGAUGGAAGAUAUUUUCUUCUGACCAUCUCAGAGGGAUGUGAUCCAGUCAACAGACUCUACUACUGUGACAGAGAAUCCCUACAGGAUGGGAUAAAUGGUGUUCUUCCAUGGGUGAAGCUUGUAGAUAAUUUUGAUGCUGAAUAUGAAUACAUCACCAACGAAGGAACACUCUUUACAUUCAAGACCAAUCUAAAGGCACCCAAAUACAAACUCAUCAACAUUGACUUUACUAAACCUGAAAUGGAGAAUUGGGAAGAUCUUGUUUGUGAAUCUGAGACUGAUGUUCUUGAAUGGGCAGCGUGUGUCAAUCAAACUAAACUUGUUCUAUGCUAUCUACAUGAUGUAAAGAACAUCCUCCAACUGAACGAGCUAUCAUCGGGUCAGAAUGUCACUACAUUUCCUCUUGAUGUUGGGACUAUUACAGGAUACUCAGGACGGAAGAAGGACACUGCAAUUUUCUACCAAUUCACCUCGUUCCUUACACCUGGUAUUAUUUACCAUUGUGACCUCACUGCCACGACCCUUGACCCUUCAGUCUUCAGACAGAUAGAGGUCAAAGGUUUUGAUCCAAGUGCCUUUGAAACAACCCAGGUGUUCUAUACUAGCAAAGAUGGUACCAAAAUACCCAUGUUCAUAGUACACAAGAAGGGAUUAGAGAAGACUGGAGAUCAUCCUGUUCUACUCUAUGGCUAUGGUGGCUUCAAUAUAUCCAUCACUCCAAGUUUCAGUGUAUCUAGAAUUGUAUUCAUCCAGAAUCUAGGAGGUGUUCUAGCUGUACCCAAUAUACGAGGGGGAGGAGAGUAUGGAGAGACCUGGCAUAAAGGAGGCAUGUUAGGAAACAAGCAGAAUGUUUUUGAUGACUUCCAGUGGGCUGCUAAAUACCUCAUUGACAACAAGUAUACUUCACCACAGAAGAUUGCAAUCAAUGGUGGAUCCAAUGGAGGACUUCUUGUUGGAGCCUGCAGUAAUCAAGCUCCAGAGCUUUUUGGUUGUGUCAUAUGUCAAGUUGGGGUGAUGGACAUGUUAAAAUUCCACAAGUUUACAAUUGGUCAUGCUUGGACUACAGACUAUGGCUGUUCUGAUAAGAAGGAAGAAUUUGAUUGGCUCAUCAAGUACUCCCCUCUUCACAACAUCAAAUGUCCCGAGGGUGACACCCAAUAUCCCAGCAUCCUGUUGUUGACAGGUGACCAUGACGACCGUGUAUCUCCACUCCAUUCCCUCAAAUACAUCGCUACUCUUCAAGAGAUAGUUGGAUCAUCUGAGAAACAGAAGAAUCCUCUUAUGAUCCGCAUUGAUACCAAGUCUGGUCAUGGCUUUGGCAAACCAACAGAGAAAGUGAUUGAGGAAUAUUCAGACAUAUAUGCCUUCAUUGCAACCUCUGUUAGUGCAACCUGGAGAGAUUAAAGAUGUUUCAUAUGUCACAUUUACAUUGGCCAAGCCUCAAGAUGUAAUCAAAGUGUGUGUAUACUGUAUGUGUUGUUGACCUAUAAUAUGAUAUCAAAGUGUCACAGAUUCCAUUUUUCCGGCAGUGCCUACCACAGGAAGUGAAUGUUAAUCUGCAAACGGUAAAGAACACUUCUAUGUAAUAGAAACUCAUGCUAGAUAUUUAGUAUUGACUGUAUGAUAGAGUAUUUUUGUGACAUAUGGGCUGUGGAUCAGGGUAAAUAAAUUACUAAUUCAAUUUGAAAAUGAUGCAAGUAUUCAGUAUUGUUUUCUCAAUGCUUGGAGUAUGUACUGAAUAAACAACCGGAGACCAUCUCUUUUAGUCCUUCAUAUAUUCUAGAUAUACUUGGAUGUGUAUAGUGCCUUUCUGGAUGUACAUGUAGGUUGCUUUCUAAAUCAUAAAAAAGAAUCAUCCAGCCAUCAAGCACAUGUUUGUUUUUUAUCACAAGUGAAGAAACAAAGUCUUUCAUCUAAGACUUAUGAAAAGUAAUGCGUUUGUAAAAGUUUUUGGGCCCGUUUCAUAAAGACUUACGAUUAUCAUAACUUCCUUUACUUUGAUUGGCUGCGGAGCCUUGUACCAUGGUAAAUAACACAAUGGCAUAUUUACCAUAAUCCUAUAAAGUCCUUUAUGCAUUUGGCCCCUGGGCCCCCAUAUCCUUAUCCCAUCCCAAUUAGUACACAAGGUUGAUGAAUAAUGUUUGUUUCUUUUUCAAAUGUGUUGAUAUAAGAAUAUCCUGUGCUCAGAUUGAUUUUCUUACAAAUCUGAAGGUAAAUUGCCAAUUUGUCUACUGCCAACUCGUCCACUCACCACAUGGUCUUC